GGCAGAUUUUUUAUUGUGCAGUUAAUCCAAGAUUCGCACUAAAAUGACACUUUUCGGUAGUGUAAAACAACUUUUACACACUUGUUUAAACGAAUCAUCGAUCCACGGACUUUCGUUGAUCGUUAGAAAACGGAUGCUAUUCAUCGAAAGAUAAAUUUCAAGAGUUUUCUGGUUUUUAUGUGUUCUGCUGUCCAUAAAAUUAACCGUGAGCAUAUGCUUCGACCAAUGGACGCGUUUCAAUAACAAUCCAGUUGUUUUGACUUUGGACACUAAUUAUCGAGCCUGGAAAUUCACAUCUCCCCUUGGAGUGACGAUAUGUUCUAAUCACACCGACCGAAAAAUGGCUCGAAAAAUCGUUCAACGCACUUGGAACAUAACCCGUAAUCACUCAAAUUUCGAAUAUUAUCACCAAUUCAUUUUGGCCAUAUCCAGUGCAAAGUACUAUAACUUGGAUAUAUUCGAAAAGUUUGCUAACGACACUACGUUUGAUCAUGUCGAUUUUCUACAAGUGGCGUACGAUAUGAGAAAAGAACUACAUAUACCGCCAUCUCCUGAAUAUACUAACGUAAUUACGGAUAUGGGAGUCUGUCAUUCGACGACGGAAUUAGCGUAUGUUCAAAAACCAUAUAGAGGAAAUAUGUCUCACGAACCUGUUCAAGUACCAGACAAUACCGUUUACACUGCUAUAGACAUUUUUCGAAUCAUCAUCACACCACAUUUCUCGGACACAGAAAAUGUUACAAUCUACAUUCAUAAUAAAAAGGAAAUCAUAAGCGGAUCCGACAGUAUACGUGAGAGUCUCGUAGAAUCUACGGAUAUAUUUCACACUGAUAUUGAGAUGAAUGAAAUACUAUCAACAGACGCGUCGCGUGGCUUAUCGGUUAAACGCAGAAAAUGUUUGUAUUUUGACGAAAGGGCUUUGGACUUUUUUCCAAUUUAUACGAUAAAUUUGUGUAAAAUGAAUUGUCGAAUACGUGCCGCACUAUUUUCAUGUGGUUGUAUUCCCUUCUUUUAUAAUCUGAAUGCAACAGAACCAAUAUGCAACGCUGCAGGAUUGUAUUGUUUGUCGAAAUCGGACUGGUAUAGUAGAGGAUGCAAAUGUUAUCCACUUUGUGAUAGUUUGAAAUUUGUUAGACUGUCGUCGGAGAAAGUUUAUUACUCUACUGCUUAUUCGAGGCUUGUGGAAGUCAACGUCAUUUUUCCGAAAGUUCGGAUUAAGAGACAAAUCAUUUUCAGUAUUUAUGGUCUAAUAGUAUCAUUCGGUGGUGGAGCUGCAUUUUUCUUAGGCUGCAGUUUCUUGAGUUCUGUGGAAAUCGUAUUCUAUAUCUGUGAAUGGUUUUGGAACUUAGUCAGAAAAUGUACGCAUGGAAGGUGUAGUGAACGAUAAUUUUAAAUAAAUC